UGACGUCAUAAUAGUGUGACACGGAGGACUAGGAAGUGACUAACAGAACCCAACGUGGGAGGACCGGGGAGCCGGGUGGAAGCAAAACACUACUUGUCCAAGAGACAAAAACGGAACACCAUCUACUUGUGCCUCAUGACAAUCCACUUGUCCUGAUUGCUAAUGGAAUACAUUUCACAUCCUGGGUCUCUGACACUUGCAGCAGGAAUAGCAUGUGGUGUUUUUCUAGGCUGGAGCCUGCGUGGUCGCUAUGGACGGUCCCGGAACAUCGCAAGCAUAGCAGGAAAUGAUUUGGGAAGUGAAUCAAGUGUAAUGGGAGAGGGUGGAGAGUUCAAGAUGGUGUUAGUAGUCCGUAAUGAUUUAAAAAUGGGAAAAGGAAAAGUGUCUGCACAGUGCUCACAUGCUGCAGUAUCAGCCUACAAGCAGCUCCAAAAGAGGAAUCCUGACUUGCUCAAGCAAUGGGAAUACUGUGGACAACCAAAAGUAGUGGUGAAAGCACCAGAUGAAGGAACUUUAGUUGAACUUCUCUCUCAAGCAAAGCAACUUGGAUUAACUAUUAGUUUAAUACAGGAUGCUGGUCGUACUCAGAUUGCACCUGGAUCGCGAACUGUCCUAGGUGUUGGACCAGGUCCUGCCAACUUAAUUGAUCAAGUGACUGGACAUUUAAAACUCUAUUGAUGACUCCAUGCAUUAUAUAUGAAAUGUAGUGGCUCUUGUAUUUUACAAUAAAAUCUCAAUAUAUUUG